GUGAGUGGUGUGUGAAGUGAAGGAAAGAGCAUCAAACAAAAUAAGGUGGAUCCCAUCCACACUUAUUUGUUUAAUGAGACAAAGGGUUACCCUCACCCCUCCCUCUACCUCAUUCUCGGCCAAGAGACACCCAGCAAGAGCAAGAAAUCCAUCAUCCUUCAUUCUCCAUUGUUGAAGAGAGCUCAACAAGAAGGAAUCCCAAGAAAAGGGGCUAGGGUGCUAAAAGUGUGAAAAGAUUGAGGAACUUGUAAAGGGUAUUUCAAGUGAUUUCACAAAGUUGGAAAAGUCGCCGGAGUUGUCGCCGAAGUGGACCGAAGUCGCCGGAGUUUCACCGGAGUUCAACCAAGAAGGGUAGAACUUCAUAACGCUAGUUCAAGGUUGAAGCUAGGGCUUGCUACUUGCACCUUCUCACGGGUGGUAUCAAAUCAGGAAGACGUGAAAGGGAGGGCAGGCGAAUGAGGACCAGGAACAAUCCGAGGGGGCAGGCGCCGGUAGCGUCCCAAAGGGGAAGCCGGGCUGCAUCUCGGGGUUCAAGAGGAGGCCGUGGAGGCCGUGGGAGCCGUGGAGGUCAUCAAGCUCAAACUGUGAGUGAUGGCCAUGUAAGCUCGGUGUAUGAAACCAACACCGAAGACUACGACUCUACAUAUGUUCCGGAAACGGAGCACGAGGAGACCCCAUACGAUGGGGGUGACACGUACACGGACGAUGAUGAUGAAGAGAGUGAUGCCAAGUUCGCUCAAAUGGGCGAAUUACUAGAGUGGUAUCAAAAGGAGAAACUGAGGAGAGACCUUAGGCGCCAAGCGAGGCGUGGCUCUCGUGGAGGUUCGGGUCAAGGAAGCCGGGGAGCUUCCGUGGCCACCCCAGCGGCGUCACAAGGUGGGCGUGAAGGAGGCUUUUGUGUGAGAAUCUCCAAGUACCUCAAGGAGGCUAGGGCCUUGGGGUGUAAGUCCUUUGACGGCACCGGUGACAUUACCGUUGCCGCCGAUUGGAUAAAGAAGGUGAAGGAUGCGGCAAAGGACAUGCAAAUUUCACCGGACGUGAAGUUGACUGUUGCUUCACGGCUGCUUGAGGGGAUAGCUUCCACGUGGUGGGAGAGUGUGGAAGGAAAAUACCAUGGGGAGGUCUCAUGGUUGAACUUUGAGCAGGAGUUUUAUGACCAAUACUACACUGACUAUGAGAAAAAUGUCAAGCGUAGGGAGUACACCAACCUCAAACAGAAGGAGGGUGUGUCUGUUAAACAACUGGAGCAAGAUUUUAGAACCUUGGCUAGGUUCUUGCCGGAGUACGCGAUCAAUGAGGACCGCAUGUCGGAGCACUUUUGGGAUGCCUUACUCUUGGACAUCCGUGAUCGGGCUACGUACUCGCGCCACAUGACCUUUAGCGAGGUAGUGGAGCAGGGCCUUCUUGGGGAGGCUCAAUGGAAUGAGAGGAAAGAAAGAGACGCCGAGGAGGCGAAAAAGAGAAAAUGGCAUAAUUCGGGGCCGCCCGAGCAAGCACGGAAGAAUCACCACGGUGGGGGUGGUAGUACGUUCAAGACGCCGGCACCACCGGCGAAGAAGAACAAGGAUGCUCGGUGGCACGCAUCCUCCUCUCAAAAUACGGGGCCCCCUAAGUGUGCCAACUGCUCAAAGAAUCACUUCGGGAAGUGCAACGCACCCCCGAGGUGUUAUCGGUGUGGGAACACGGGCCACAUGAAGGCCAAUUGCCCACAAUUGGGGGGAGGAGGAGCUCCGGGAUCCGGAGGAGGAACCAUGACGGGGAGAAACCGUGUGGGCCCGUCAAACGGCGGUACGGGAAGAGGCGGCGCGUCCACAAGUCAUGCCGCGUCCGUAAAUCAAGGCGGGACCCAAGCACGAGUGUACGCAAUGACCGAGGCUGAUGCACGAGCAAACCCGGACUCCGUUGCAGGUAAUACACUUAUUUUCCUGUAUUUCUAGGCUUAUUUGGGUCAUACGAGUCAUUGGGUUUGGGUGCGGGCCACCCCGGGGUCAAACCCCGCGAAUUCGGGGCGAAACGGGCUAAAAACAACUACGCGCGAUCGCGCGUACCUACAGACGCACGACCGUGCGUACGAGGCAGCAGCCUCUGGCCAAUUUCCGCGCAGACGCACGCCGUGCGUGCAGGUAAGGCACGCCGUGCGUGGACGCACGAUCGUGCGUGACCAGCUACGCACGAUCGUGCGUAGCCGGCAGUGGCGGAUUCCGGAUUUUUCAAGCACGCACGACCGUGCGUGCCACCCAGGCACGCCGUGCGUGGACCCCCAACACCCGAAACUUGAUUUUUUCGCCCCGUUCUUCUACGUUUGGACCCCCGUUUGAUUCCAAACAUUAGUAUGAGCCUAAUAACCUCCUAAAGAUGUGUUAAAACAUUAGAAAAUGUAUCUUACAUGUGUAUAAAUGUAGGAACAUUAAAGAUCAAUGGUAGGUGUGCGAGGAUCCUCAUUGAUACCGGGGCACAACGCUCAUUUGUGAGUGAGGCGUUCGCCGAGGGCCUUGACGUGCCAUUGACACCUAUGACUCAAACGUUGCUAGUCUCCACACCGUUAGGAGACGACGUGGAGAGAAAUCAUUACUAUCCGUCGUGUGAGGUAGAAGUGACGGGUCAACCUUUGACUUGUGAUUUCGUACCUCUAAGCAUGUUGGAGUUCGAUGCAAUCCUAGGAAUGGAUUGGCUCGAGAAACACCAUGCCCGAGUAGAUUGCUACACCAAAGUGUUGGAGCUCGAGGAUGAUCAAGGGAACACGCUAUGCUUUGAGGGAGAUCGGGGGAAAUCUAAUGCUUGUAUCAUAUCCGUGAUGAGAGCACGGAAGAUGAUGAGAAAGGGAUGCCAC